AUGUUUCCCUUCAAGGUGAGCAAAUGGAGGGGGCUGGCUUGCUUCCGGUCACUGGUGGUCUCCUCCUCCAAUAUGCGCCAGAAGAAACUAGUCCACAAGUUACAGGAGGAAAAGGCUUUUCGGGGAGAGAUGAAAAUUUUCCAUGAGAAAAUAGAAGACUUCAGGGAAGAGAUGUGGAAUUUCCGAGGCAAGAUCCAUGCUUUACGGGGCCAGAUCUUGGGUUUUGGGGAAGAGAAGAGACCUUUCUGGGAAGAAGAGAAAACUUUCUGGAAAGAGGAAAAAAACUUUUGGGAAAUUGAAAAAAUUUUCCGGGAAGAAGAGAAAACCUUUUGGAAAAAAUACCGUACCUUCUGGAAGGAAGAUAAGGCCUUCUGGAAAGAGGACAAUGCCUUGUGGGAAAGAGACCGGAACCUUCUUCAGGAGGACAGGGCCCUGUGGGAGGAAGAAAAGGCCCUGUGGGUAGACGAAAGAGCCCUCCUUGAGGAGGAGAAGUCCCUGUGGGAGGAUAAAAAGUCCCUCUGGGAGGAAGAGAACGCACUCUGGAAGGAACAGAGAGCGUUCUGGAUAGACGGUGGCCACCAUAUUGCUCGGCAGCAGAUGCCUGAAGCUGUGCCCUACGACGUCAAUGGAGGGCAGCAAUCACCAGCCUCCUUCCGAGGCAGGGCGUAG